ACUAGGGAUCAAAUUUAAACAUUCCCGGCUUCAUUUUUCUACAUUUCCCCCAACUUUUCCUCUAUAUUCAGUCAUCAAAUUUCCAAGAAAAAUAAAGAAAAGUAAAGCAAAACAUGUCGAGUUUUUCAAUAGCAGAAAGAGGGUAUCUUCCUAACGAGAAGUUCGAUGAUGAUGGCAGAGUAAAACGAACAGGAACUUGGAAGAGUGCGAGUGCACAUAUAAUAACAGCAGUGAUUGGGUCGGGAGUUUUAUCAUUAGCAUGGUGUUUUGCACAGUUGGGAUGGAUAGCUGGAUCGAUUACUCUUGCUUUGUUUUCGGUCAUUACAAUGUUUACAUCAAUUUUGUUGACUGAUUGUUACCGAUCACCGGAUCCAGUUACUGGCAAAAGAAACUAUACUUACAUGGAUGCUGUAAAAGCCAAUCUUGGAACACUUCAAUACAAGCUUUGUGGCAUAGCUCAAUAUGGUGUUCUUACCGGAAUAACCAUCGGAUACACCACCACCACUGCCAUCAGCAUGGCUGCAAUCAACAAAUCAAAUUGUUUCCAUAAACAUGGCCACCAAGCGGAUUGUAGUGUGCACAACAACUCGUUUAUGGUGAUUUUUGCAGUCAUUCAGAUCGUCUUAAGCCAAGUGCCCAAUUUUCAUAAAUUGUCGCCCCUCUCAAUCAUCGCGGCUAUCAUGUCCUUCACAUACUCGUUGAUUGGCAUCGGUCUCUCAAUCGCCAAAAUCAUAGAUGAAGGAAUUGGAGAGACGAGUAUAACAGGAAGACCAAUUGAUAAGGAUUUUUCGGGCAUGGAGAAAAUGUGGAAAACCUUUUCUGCCUUAGGAGAUGUUGCUUUUGCCUAUUCGUUUUGUUUCGUCCUCAUCGAGAUUCAGGACACAUUGAAAUCUAGUCCACCAGAGAAUAAACAAAUGAAAGUGGCUACAGCCAUUGGAAUCGCGGCAUCAACUGUGUUCUAUAUGCUUUGCGGGGUGCUCGGAUACGCGGCCUUCGGAAAUGAUGCACCCGGAAACUUCUUGACUGGAUUCGGAUUUUACGAUCCGUUUUGGCUCAUCGAUAUUGCUAAUAUUUGCAUUGUUAUUCAUCUUCUUGGUGCUUAUCAAGUAUUGGCGCAACCAUUUUUCGGAUUUGUCGAAAAUUGGAGCAAGAAAAAAUGGCCACAAAAUAAGCUCAUAACAAACGAGUUCUCGAUAUUUGGAACCGAUUUCAACGUUUUCAGACUCACAUGGAGAACAGCGUAUGUGAUCGUAACAACAAUAAUAGCAAUGAUUUUUCCAUUCUUCAACGACUUUGUGGGCCUACUUGGAGCGGGUACAUUUUGGCCACUAUCAGUCUACUUCCCAAUAGAAUUAUACAUGUCACAAGCAAAGAUCCGAAAGUACUCAUUCACAUGGAUUUGGAUGCAAAUUCUAAGUCUCGCAUGCUUAAUCGUAUCACUAGUGGCAGCAGUCGGGUCGACCCGCGGGCUUAUUACUUCGGUUCAAUCAUUCGAACCGUUUGAAUCCGUAUCCUAA